AUGGUGGUCUCCCAUCUGAAAACCAUGAACUUUGACAAGCUACCUGAAGAAGGUGAAUCGAUCUUCCUCAUCCACACAUACACCCCCGUAAGCAUUUUCCAUGGCGCUCAAAAGUUGCUGUGCUUGGCUCAGCCACCCAUUCCCAAAGCUCAGCUAGCCGGGAACUCCACCGGCCCCCAACGGGGAGCAGAGCAUGGCAGCAACAGUGAACCGAGCCGGGGGCAGCAGGAAGCGGCUCGCCCAAGAGCUCUUCCUGAACAAAUCCAAGCGCUGGAAGCCCAGACUAUCGUCCACGUAAGCUGCGGGAAGGAGCACUCGCUAGCCGUCUGCAGCAACGGAAGGGUUUUCUCUUGGGGGGCCGGCACUUUUGGACAGUUGGGCACUGGAGAACUUAAAGACCGCUUGAUCCCCAGGAAAAUAGAAGGCCUAUCUACAUGCACAAUCAUACAGGUGGCCUGUGGACACUACCACUCAGUAGCCCUGACGAAAGAUGGCAGAGUCUUCUCCUGGGGGCAGAACAGCUACGGCCAGCUGGGAAUCGGUAAAGAAGUCUCUUCCCAAGGUCGGCCGCAGCACGUUCCUGCUCUGGACGGCAUCCCGUUGGCCCAGGUGACUGCAGGCGGGGCACACAGUUUUGCCCUCUCCCUUUCGGGAGUUGCGUACGGAUGGGGAAGAAACCAUAUGCAUCAGCUGGGUCUAAGUCAGAGUGACCCCAAAGAGCAGGUCUUCAAGCCGCACUCAGUGGCUGCUCUGAGAAACCUCGAUGUGAUCUACAUUAGCUGUGGGGCUGAGCAUACGGCUGUCCUCACGCAGGACGGCUGCGUUUUCACAUUUGGAGAUGACUCUGCUGGGCAGCUGGGGCGGAGCUCUUCUACCCAGAAAACUGGCCCCCAAAGAGUUGACUGGAUUGGAGGUCCGGUUUCUCUUCUGGCAUGUGGAAGCUAUCACACUCUUGCUUAUAUCGCUGCUUCCGGUGAGCUGAUAUCUUUCGGACGUGGAUGCAGAGAACGCGGAACAGCUUCUUGCGAGCAGGAAGAGAUGCAGAACUUUAACAUUAGUGCACUUAUUUCUGCUAAUGAAUUGUUGGACGUCCCGGUAAAACAGAUUUUUGCUGGAACAUACGUCAGCUUUGCCAGCACAGUUCAACCACAGGUACCUAAAUACACAAACACAGCCUGCUCUGUAGAAACCUUGCCAAAGAUCAGCCAAAUGGACAGAGCACUGAUUGACAAGUGGAUGUCAGCGACAGCAGAGAGUGAAACACACCUGGAGGCAAAAAGAGAAAUAGAAGUGAUAUUUUCUUCACCUGCCUGUUUAACUGCAAGUUUCUUAAAACCUAGGUCUGCCCUGGAAAAUGGCUGCUGUAUAGCAGUUGAUCUACAAAAAGCAAGAGAGGUAUUCUGUGAGCUUACCAAAAGAGACUGGAUUGCUGGCAGGGUAAAGAAUCUCCUAGUUUAUGACAAUGUGAUAGUGGGUGCCGUUGAAAAAUAUUGGCUGUCCUUGCCAGUGCCUUUUUUUGACAGAAUUGUUCAGAUGUGUAAGAAGGCCGUGGUGUCUCAGCUACCUGAUUACUACAAUUAUCCUCUUUGCCAGGAAAUCAUUCCUGUCCUGGAAGUGCUUAAAAAACUAUACAAGGUAGGCAGUCUUAGUAACUUUUUUGUAUGGCUGGGAGACGUGACACCAAGGCGGGUUGUAAACUUGAACCGCUUCUAUAUUGAUGACAUCUCCCAGAAAAUUGUCCUUCUUGUUGAUUUCGCCAGAUGGCGCGCCUGGAUAGAUAACCUUACUCCUUUGUCUGUCAUCUCUUUCUGCAGCUUUCCUUUUGUUUUCAAUCCCGUAUCCAAGAUGCAGCUAUUUUACCUUGAAACUACUCUCCGGCAAGAGUUCAUAAAGGCAAUAGCCCAGCAAAGAUUACUCCACAACCUACUGAACAGAGUUGAUGAAUAUCCCAAACUGCCUUUCUUUCCCUUGCGGGUACGGCGCCAUAACCUUCUAGAAGAUACAUUUCAAAAAUUGAGUCAGGUGGAAGAUGCCUCCCUGAAAAUGCAAUUGUUGAUUCAGUUUGAAGGAGAAGGGGAUCGACCUGAAGCUGGAGGGUUUUUGGUUGAAUUCUUUUUGUAUGUGUUCGAAGAGAUGAGCCAUCCAGACUAUGGGAUGUUUAUGUAUUGUGAGAAGAAUUCUCCAAUGUGGUUUCCAGCUAGGCCUUCAGCAGAGAUGAAAAAGUAUUACCUCUUUGGGGUCCUCUUCGGGAUGUGCCUCUUCAACAGGGUUUUGGUCUAUAUACCUUUCCCACUUGCUGUCUUCAAAAAGCUGAGGGGCAAGAAGCCCUCCCUCGAUGACCUGAAAGAGCUGAGCCCAUGCUUGGGAAAGAGUUUGCAGGCAGUUCUUGAUUAUGAAGAGGAUGAUAUGGUAGCAGAACUUCACCUGUGUCACAGUAUAUCGUGGGACAACGCAGAUGUAGAUUUGAUUCCAAAUGGCAGAUCAGUAGCUGUAAACAAUGCAAACAAGAAGGACUUUGUCAGCAAGUAUGUAGAUUAUAUCUUCAACACAUCCGUGGAGGGAGUUUUCGAAGAGUUCAUGAGGGGUUUUUAUAAAGUCCUGGACAAACGGGUCGUCGGCCUCUUCAUGCCCCAGGAGCUGAUGGACGUGGCCGUUGGGCAUGCGAAUUACGACUGGGACGUCUACGAAAAGAAUGCUGUUUACUGUGAUAGAUGUAGUCCAACACACCCUACCAUCAAGAUGUUCUGGCAGGUUUUCCAUGAGCUAACUUUGGCCGACAAAAAAGGCUUUCUAUUGUUUGUCACAGGAACUGAUCGGGUCCCUAUAACGGGAAUGGAGUCCAUGAAGCUAACUAUUCAGUUGCACAACGCACUUUCAGAAGAUCACAUCCCCGAGGCUCUGACCUGCUAUAGUCUUCUACUUCUGCCUCCUUAUUCCAUAGUAGGAAGACUGAAGGAGAAACUCCUCCAGGCCAUCGACAACAAUCGGGGCUUCGGCAGACAGUGAAAACUGCUGAUCCAACGACAUAGAUAGGAGUUUUGGAAUGAGAAUUUGGUAGCUUAGCCUUUCUUGCAUUGCUGAGAUAUUUAAGGAAAUCUGCAGGGCCUUCAUAUGGUUUAAAUCUAUUGUUUGUCAUUGAUUUCCCCACAUAGUCCCUGAAGCUUUGCUUUUUGCUUAUCUGUAGCCUGUUUUACAAAAUACAUUAGUGAUUAAACAUUUCCAGUUUGUACCCAACAGGUUCUCGGUGGCCUUUUUCUUCAGUGCAGACAUCCUUCAUUCACUAGGCUGUUUCUGAGAAUCCAGACAGUGUUCUCCCAGGCAAUUUUAUUCCUACACCUUUUCAGUUGUUCUAUGGCCAUUUUUACAACUUCAUUGCAGAAGCACCACAGAUUUCAGGUGUGAAAUGUAUACCAUUGUCAGUCUGACUUGGGGUGCUUCCACAUGAUGAUGAUUCUGUGUAGCUGUUGUUGCUGCUCUGUGAAUUCAGAGGCCUUUGCAGGGGCAAUAAAGUGUCCACAUGGAAUUUUGCUCUGUUCUUUCCUUUCCUCAGCCUCCCCAUGGCUGCCAUUGCCCCUUGUGCCUUCCAAAGGGCUUUUCUUAGGCUUUAAAAGGAAUCAAUAAUAGCGAUUUAUUGCAGCAGUUUACUUGUUUCAAAUUUUCAUUUUUUUAAAAGUAACUUUCCAGCCCUUGUAGUGUCCGCUGACCGCCACCGGAGGUCAGCACACAUGCCCAAGCUUCAGGCUGAAACAACAAUGGGGACUAG